AUGGGCUGUGGCAGUCAGAGCGAUGAGUGGAAGUGCACUGAAGCACUUGGCCAGGACGCCGCUGAUCGAGCCUUUCAAAAUCAUUGGAAUACCUGGAUCACUCAGGACGACAUCAAACAGAUUGCUAGCUUGGGCCUGAAUACCGUUAGAAUCCCUGUGGGCUUUUGGAUCAAAGAAGACCUUGUCAAGUCUAAUGAGCACUACCCUCGUGGUGGUCUUCAAUAUCUCGACAGACUAGUCGGUUGGGCCAAAGACGCUGGCUUAUACGUCAUCAUGGAUCCUCAUGGAGGCCCAGGCUCCCAGUUUCCCAAUCAGCAGUAUACUGGCCAUGGCGUCUCCAAACCAGGCUUCUACACGGACGAUAACUUCAGCCGUGCCGCCACGUUCCUGGGCUGGAUGGCCAACCGCAUCCACAUAGACGACAAGUACUGGAAUGUUGGCACCCUCGAGUUCCUGAACGAACCAGUUCAUUCAGGCGACUAUCCGAAUGAAGCGGCCAACAUGGUUAAGAACUUUUACCCCAAGGCGUACGACGCCAUCCGCAAGGCCGAAAGCGCCCUUGGGGUCACUGACGCAAACAAGCUGCACAUUCAGUACAUGGGUAAAGCCUGGGGCUCAGGUGACCCAACUAGUAGCCUCCCCAGUAAGGACAAGACGCUUCUUGAUGAUCACCGCUAUUACAAGUGGGACUCGAGCGUGCAGACUACCAAAACGGGCUAUAUCAAUGCUGUGUGCCAAGACAAACGUGAGGACGGCAUUAUCGUUGGCGAAUGGUCCAUAUCUGUUGCUGGCAACGUCGAGAACAAUGACGUGUUUUCCAUCAAGAACCGCCCUGAACAAGUAAGCUGGUAUAAGAAGUACUUCACUGCCCAGGUACACACCUUUGAAAAGAGCGGCGGCUGGGUCUUCUGGAGCUGGAAGUGUGACUGGAUCGGUGGUUAUGAUGAGUGGAUAUGGUGCUACAAGAGUGCUGUUGCAGCUGGUGCUAUUCCUAAAGAUGCUGGCAGUGCUGCUGCACAAAGUCCAUGCUAG